AUGUCGGAACAGGUCGAUACACCGCAACUACAGCCUCCGAAUAGCCCCCUUUCACUAGCCUUAUGGAACUUCACAUCACAGUGGUUCCUAGUUCCACAGGGAACAGGCAUCCUCGCCGUCAUUCUCGCACGGCUGGACUACCAGUUCAACGGCCUCCAGAUCCUGGCCAAAAUCGUAUGGAUCUAUACAAUCGUCCUCUUCGGCUUGUGUCUGAUAAUCUACCUCCUCCGUGUCCACAUCUACCCAAAACACGCUCUCCAUGAACUGCGCACCAACCUCAUAGAAACCUCUUGUCUCUCCUCCAUCCCAAUCGUCUACACCUCAAUCCUCCAACUAGCCGUGCUCCAGUACGGAGACCGAGCCGGACUGGCAAUCUACAUCCUCUGGUGGAGAAACGCUGCAAUCGCAACCAUCGCCGCCCUCGGAAUUCCCUACAUCCAACUCAAGAUCCAAGCACCCGGCGUGCAGCGUCUCCCCCCAGCUGUCCUCCUCCCCUUCAUCGCAAUCAUCACCUCCGCCGCCGGCGCCGGAGUCAUAUCCCGACAAAGCCACGUUAGCCCCCGCCUCCAAGUCCCCGCCAUAAUAGUCGCGUACCUCCAGCUCGGCAUCGGACUCGCCGUCGCAGCCAGCUACGCCGUCCUAGUCAUGUUCCAACACUUCAACCAGGUACACUCGGUUGCAGAAAAGGUCUUCCAGGACAUGAUCCUCUGCGGGCCGUUCGGCCAGGGCGCAUUCGCCCUCCAGGUCCUGGGCGAAGCCGUGGAGGAAAGCUUCGGGGCGUACCACCGCGGCAAGUUUCUGACGGCCAAAGCAGCCGAUACGAUCGGCGUGACGAGUCAGUUUCUCGGGCUUCUAACUUGGGGUUAUGGUGUGUUUUGGUGGUGCUUUGCUAUCCUUAGUAUAUGCCAUACGCUCGGGGCUCAGCCGCGUGGGGGGCGGAAACCCCCUUUCAGUUUGGCGGCGUGGUCGAUCAUAUUCCCUUGGGGCGUUUUCACUAAUGCGGCUGUGGAAUUGGGGAAAAUCAUGGAUUCGCCGGCUUUUGCUGUCGUUUCCACUGGGCUUUUGCUCAUCAUGCUGGUGAUGUGGAUUUUCAAUCAGGUGUUGACUUUGCGCGGGAUUCUCACCGGUCGCAUUUUGGGUGUUGAGCAUUGGAGGGAAAGAGAACAAAGUCUAGAUUCGUUCAGGGGUGGAGACAAGGAUGCCUGA